GUCAUAAACCGUUGACACAGCUUCAGUUCCCUUCCAGAAAUGGCCCACGCCACUGUCAGCAGGAGCGACCGCGAAGAUCACUUUCGUUUCCUGGAUCUACCAGCAGAGCUGCGCAAUCGUAUCUACGACUUCGCCGUUGAGACUGGAGCCAACCACCUUCGCUGCGUACUGCCAUGUCUUGCGCUUGCGCAGAGCUGUCAACAAUUGCGCACCGAGUAUCGAUCUAUCUGCCUGAAGCGAGACAUCAUUAUAGAUUGGAAAUCGGUUGCCGGCUACCUGCGCAGUUUCUUUCCGACCGUCAACGGAAAGAUCGAGAAUGUUGAGCUUGCACCAGCGAGCAUGACUAUAGUGACUCCUUGGUGCGGCGACGCAAAGGGGGACGGUCAUGAGCUUGACUUACUACCGUUGGUCAAGCUUGGCCUUCAACGACCGAACUUUACAUGUUGCUUAAUUCAUGACCCGGCUAGCCUUGAUGAAGAGGAGAAACUAUCCCAGGAACACGACUUCAGAAGCUACAUCGAGGAAGACUCCACAGCUCUAGAAAAGAUGAUGUGUAGUCAGAAUCCACAUUGGCUGUCCGAUAUCGAAGCCGGUGUUAUCACAAAGCUCAUGAUUUCGAACAUUGGUGUUAGCGACUCCCCACAGGCAGCGUUCUACAUGAAAACUCCUUCAUUGGCCCUCGAAACGUUUGAUGAGGAUAACGAAGAAGAUUCAUUCGAAGGAACCUACUUCGCCAAUAUCGGAGUUGACGCAGCUUGGGGGGAGUUCAGAGAAUUCUUGACUUUUCCUGAACUGCUGUUUGAUACAUCGGAGUUUUUGACAUGAGAGUCCACUGAGGCGGGUUGGUAUCA